AAUCAGCUGUUUAUCGCUUAACCUCAAAUUGGCUUGCUCUUAUUUGUUGUCGCGCUCCUUUUGCAGCUGGCGUUUUAUUUAUAAACCAACUAUUAUGACCAACAACGAAGCAGAAGCAGCCGGCUCUAGCCGUGCCAGCGGCGGUGCCGCAGGAGGUAGCGCAUCCACAUCCUCAGCAGCCAAAAUCGAGAUCACUGAAAAAGUGCGCGUCCUUUGCUUGCACGGCUACCGGCAAGAUGCGGACUCGUUUAAAAAUAAGCUUGGCUCAUUUCGCAAGUUUGCCGGCAAAUACGCAGACUUUGUGUUCAUCUCAGCGCCACAUGUGGCAGCCCCUCUCGAACCCAAUGCUGCGCCUGUUGAGGAGCAGCGUAGUUGGUGGGCCAAUAAAGAUGAUGGCACGUUUAAGGGCACCAACAAGAGUGGACCCGCCAUUGGCUUCCAGGACAGUCUGCAUGUGGUGGAGCAGGCGUGGAAAACACAAGGUCCAUUCCAAGGACUCUUGGGUUUUUCACAGGGCGCUUGCUUUGUGGGCUUAAUCUGUGGACUAGCCAAGAAGAAGCUGACCUCCAUUCGACCUGAGUUCGCGGUGCUUAGCUCGGGUUUCAUAUCGGGUAGUCUGGUGCACAUGAGCGCAUAUGAGGAGCGCAUCACAAUUCCAACCCUGCAUAUCUAUGGCUUAACAGAUGAGAUUAUACCGAAGGACAUGAGUGAAGCGCUGGCCGCGCAAUUCAAGAAUGUCGAGGUACUGGAGCACGAUGGUGGACAUUACUUUCCAGCGAAGGCGCAACAGAAGCAAACGUACAUCAAUUUCUUUCAAGAUCGCCUGCAAGAGUACCUGGAGCAUCUAGAGCUGCAGCAGAGCAGCAAUGCAUCGUUUAUCGACUCUGCGGAAGAGGAUGAUGGCGGUGUCACGGAUGCCAAUGAUGCUGAAGUGGCUGCGGUGACAGCAGCCGCAGGAUCCGGAAUGGAUGACAGUGAUUAAUUGGUAGACUAUGGUAGUUGUUCUUUUUCGUUUUUAAUAAUAAUUAAAUCUUAUUAUUACAAUAAUAAUAAUAAUCAUAAUUUGAUUAUAAAUUAUAAUAAAUUUAAAUCCCAAUAUUUU